AAAGAAGCGAUUUAUGUCAUUACCGUGAGAGAGAACUCCUGCAGCCGCUGCUCCGCUGUUAUGACCUCUGCCUUCUCUUACCGGAGCGACUCGCGGGUGUCUCUUGAUGUCGCGCACAGCCCGGAUAGUUAACCAAACAGCGCUCCUUCUCUUCUGAGACCUGUAGUGCGCUCGUCGAGCAAUUUACGUCUACAUAUAAGCCAAACAGCGCUCCUUCUCUUCUGAGACCUGUAGUGCGCUCGUCGAGCAAUUUACGUCUACAUAUAAGCACAGAUAUCAUAGAUCGCUAAGGAAUUGCUUAAUAUUAGCAUAGCCACCCUCUUUUCAGCAGCAUAUAUAUUGAAACAGCAACUUAGAGUUUUGAUUCUACAUAGUAAGAAUCUAGCUUACUUUAAGAGAAGACGGUCUAAAGAACCAACUGAUAAGAUUUCCAAUGGCUAAUGAAGCAAAGCCUUGCCCUUGUGAGCUAGGAGAUCAGUUUGACUAUAAAGGUCUUGGAAAUGAGGUUCAGAUUGAUCAUAUAAAAGCAUACAUCUCCAAACCAAAGACUAGCACUGAUAAAGCCAUAAUUGUGGUUCAAGAUGUUUAUGGAUGGAAGCUUCCAAACACAAGAUAUAUGGCUGAUCUUCUUGCUUCACAUGGAUACAUUGCUGUCCUGGGUGACUUUUUUGUGGGCCAGGAACCAUGGAACUCAACGUAUGAAGAUGCUAAUUUUUUUAAAUGGCUGGAAACCCGACCACCAAAUAAAGCAUACAGAGAGGUUGAUGCUGUGCUGAAAUAUUUAAAAGAGAAGUGUCAAGCAAAAAGUAUUGGAGUGAUUGGAUUUUGUUGGGGUGGCAUCGUAACCCAUUAUCUCAUGCUAAAGUAUCCUGAAUUAAAGGCUGGAGUGGCGUUCUAUGGUCUAGUCCGUGAAGAAUGUGAAAAGUACAAGUUACUUAAUCCAACAUUGUUCAUUUUUGGUGAAAAUGAUCCACUCAUACCACUUGAACAGGUUUCAUCUUUGGACCAAAAACUCAAGGAACAAUCCCAGGCUGAAUAUAAAGUUAAAGUAUAUCCAAAGCAAAACCAUGGUUUUGCCCAUAGGAGGUAUGAGGAUAUCAACCCUGAUGACAAGCCAUACAUUCUAGAAGCAAGGAAGGACAUGCUUGAGUGGCUGGAUAAAUAUGUGAAGUAAUAGACUCUAAUGUUGCAGAUAUACAAUAUUAUUACACAUAUGAAAAUAAGAUGCUUUUAAUAAGAUAUUUACAUUUUUUAUUAUAUAAGAUAAAACUCCUUGUACAACAAAUUUGUAGAAAAUAAACUCAUUAUUUCUGU